AUGCAAGGAGCCCAGGACGAGGAGGCAGAGGAGGAGGAGGAGGGUACCAACGAGAAAUUAAUCCGGAAACAUCAGCUUCCUCUGUCCGCGCAGUCCGCUUUCAGCUACAUCCCACCCCGGCGCAAGGAACCCCCUGAACUCAGUUAUUUUCACCAAGAGUGCAAGCCAGGAAUGGUUUCCUUGUACGACUGCAUCUUUAAAAGACCAACUGGCUACGAUGCGAAACUCCAUCGAUGUGACAGAGAGCAUGCAAAAAGCAGAGGACUUCAUAUUAAUGAUGAGGAAAAAACAAGGCCUAUGCCCGUCUUAGUCUCCUCUGAAUACGGGAGACGCAUCAACAAGCCCGUGGAAGAGCUGAUUCGAGACCACGUGCGCAUUAACCGUGUGCAAGCCGAAUUCUAUAGGAAAAAUGGAAUUGCUUGCUUGGUAGAGAAGUCCAACCAAAGCACUGACCCCAUCUGA